GAUUCAUUAGCUUCCACUAAAAUCAGUUAGAUUCUCAGUUCUUCAUAAUUAAUCAAAUUAUUAUUAAUUGUUCUUAUUAUUUAAUAAUUGAAAUUGAAGAUUCAAUUCAAAUCAGCAGAUUGCUUGAGGUGAAAGAAGUGCAUAAUGAGUAAUGCAAGCAUAAAUCAUAAUUUAUUUCAGCAGAGUUUGGUUCCUCCAUUAAAGCAUCGACCUAAACUCGGUUCUUCAUUCAGUAGUCAAGGAGUUUCUGCACCGCAAACUCGCCGGUCCCGACUAUCUUCCGAUUUUAAUGCGAACAGUUUGAAAUUGAGAAAAUCGAAAUUUGCUAUCGGAACUCCUCGUCUUGCUUCUGUCAGUCCGCAGGCUAUUUUAGCUAUGGAUCCUGCAUCUGAGGUUGUAGGAAAAUUCAACCUUGAUGGAAAUAAUGAGUUGCAGGUUUCUAUUAGCAAUUCUGGUUCUAUCACACAAGUAAAUUUUGAGAUAACAUAUGGUAGUGAUUCUUUGGUGCUACACUGGGGUGGGAUACAUGAUAGAAAGGAAAAAUGGAUACUUCCUUCUCGAUGUCCAGAAGGGACCAAAAAUCAUAAGAACAGAGCCCUUAGAAGUCCUUUUAUUAAAUCUGGUUCCAGUUCUUACCUCAAAUUAGAGAUUGAUGAUCCUGCAAUACAAGCCUUAGAGUUUCUAGUGCUUGAUGAAGCUCAGAAUAAGUGGUUUAAAUAUAAAGGUCAGAACUUUCAUGUUAAGGUACCUACAAGAGAGAAGGUGAGGGUUUCUAAUGUCUCAGUUAGUGAAGAUCUUGUACAAAUUCAAGCAUAUCUGAGGUGGGAAAGAAAGGGCAAGCAAAUGUAUACCCCUGAACAAGAGAAGGUAGAAUAUGAAGCUGCUCGUACUGAGCUAUUGGAGGAAGUGGCCAGGGGUGCUUCCAUUGAGGACCUUCGAGCAAGGCUGACAAACAAAAAAGAUAAGCAUGAAAUUAAGGAUAGCCAUAUAGUGGAAUUAGAAACCAAGAUACCUGAUGAUCUUAUUCAGAUUCAAGCUUAUAUAAGAUGGGAAAAAGCAGGGAAGCCCUCCUAUUCUACAGAGGAACAACUGAGAGAAUUUGAGGAAGCAAGAGGGGACUUGCAAAGAGAACUGGAAAGAGGUGUCUCUCUUGAUGAGAUACGGAAGAAGAUUACUAAAGGAGAGGUCCAGAGCAAGGUUUCCAAGCAGCUGCAGAAAAAAAGAUAUUAUAGUACUGAAAGAAUUCAACGCGAAAAGCGGGAUUUUGCACAGCUUAUUACUAAACAUAUAGCCAAACAUGUGGAGGAGAAAAUUUCAGCAGAACCAAAAGCCUUGAGAACGGUCGAACUUUUUGCUAAGUCAAAGGAGGAACAGGAUGGUGAUGCUGUCCUGAACAAGAAGAUCUUCAAGGUCACUGAUGCAGAACUUCUGGUACUUGUGACCAAGCCUGCCGGUAAGACAAAGGUUUAUGUUGCCACUGAUUCCAAAGAGCAACUGACUCUUCACUGGGCUUUGUCUCGAAACAGCAGAGAGUGGUUGGCGCCACCAUCAAGUGUGUUACCUCCUGGUUCAGUUUUGUUGAGUGAGGCUGCUGAAACACAGCUUACCACUGUUUCUUCUGCUGAAUUCUCUAACCAGGUCCAAUGUUUCGAACUGGAGAUUGAAGAUGACAAGUUUGUAGGGAUGCCUUUUGUGCUUUUGUCUAAUGGAAACUGGAUAAAAAAUAAUGGCUCGGACUUUUAUAUGGAAUUUAGUGGACGAUCUAAGCAAGUCCUAAAGGACGCCGGUGAUGGUGGAGGUACAGCCAAAGCAUUGUUGGAUAAAAUUGCAGAGAUGGAGAGUGAGGCUCAAAAGUCCUUUAUGCACCGCUUUAAUAUUGCAGCAGAUUUGAUGGACCAAGCAAAGAAUUCCGGGGAACUAGGCCUUGCAGGGAUCUUGGUGUGGAUGAGAUUUAUGGCUACAAGGCAACUUAUUUGGAACAAAAACUACAAUGUCAAACCACGUGAGAUCAGUCAAGCACAGGAUAGGCUGACAGAUUCACUUCAGAACAUUUACACAAGUCAACCGCAAUAUCGGGAGCUUUUGCGGAUGAUUAUGUCUACUGUUGGCCGAGGAGGUGAGGGUGAUGUGGGGCAGCGUAUUCGAGAUGAAAUCCUGGUUAUCCAGAGAAACAACGAAUGCAAAGGUGGAAUGAUGGAGGAAUGGCAUCAGAAGCUGCAUAAUAACACAAGUCCUGAUGAUGUUGUAAUCUGCCAGGCGCUGAUUGACUACAUUAAAAAUGACUUUGACAUCAGCAUCUACUGGAAAACUUUGAAUGAAAAUGGCAUAACAAAAGAACGACUUUUAAGUUAUGAUCGUGCCAUCCAUUCUGAACCAAACUUCAGAAGAGAUCAAAAGGAUGGUCUUUUGCGUGAUCUUGGAAACUAUAUGAGAACCUUGAAGGCAGUUCAUUCAGGUGCAGAUCUCGAGUCUGCCGUUACAAACUGUAUGGGUUACAGAGAUGAGGGUCAAGGCUUCAUGGUUGGGGUGAAGAUAAAUCCCAUUUCAGGAUUGCCAUCUGGAUUUCCGGCAUUGCUUCAAUUUGUUCUCGGACAUAUUGAAGAUAAAAAUGUUGAAGCACUCCUCGAGGGUUUGCUGGAGGCUCGUCAGGAGCUUAGGCCAAUGUUGUUCAAGUCUAAUGAUCGUCUGAAGGAUCUUUUAUUUUUAGAUAUUGCUCUUGAUUCAGCUGUUAGGACAGCUAUUGAGAGGGGAUAUGAGGAAUUAAAUGAUGCUGAACAAGAAAAAAUUAUGUAUUUCAUCACUCUGGUUCUAGAAAAUCUUGCACUGUCAUCAGAUGACAAUGAAGAUCUUAUCUAUUGCAUGAAGGGAUGGAAUCAUGCAUUAAGUAUGUCCAAAAGCAAAAGUGAUCACUGGGCAUUAUAUGCAAAAUCAGUCCUUGACAGAACCCGCCUUGCCCUAGCUAGCAAGGCUGAAUGGUAUCAGCAAGUGUUGCAACCAUCCGCAGAGUACCUUGGAUCACUUCUUGGAGUGGAACAGUGGGCUGUGAACAUAUUCACUGAAGAAAUUGUCCGUGCUGGUUCAGCUGCAGCUUUGUCCUCACUUCUUAAUCGGCUCGAUCCAAUUCUUCGAAAGACUGCUAAUCUUGGAAGUUGGCAAGUCAUUAGCCCAGUUGAAGUUGCUGGAUAUGUUGCUGUAGUGGACGAGCUACUCACAGUACAGAAUAAAUCUUACGACCGCCCUACAAUUUUGGUGGCAAGAAGAGUAAAAGGAGAAGAAGAGAUUCCAGAUGGCACAGUUGCUGUGCUGACACCUGACAUGCCAGAUGUCCUAUCCCAUGUUUCUGUGCGAGCAAGGAAUGGCAAGGUUUGCUUUGCAACAUGUUUUGAUCAAAACAUUCUGGAAAAACUACAAGCAUAUGAAGGGAAAUUGCUGCGUCUGAAACCAACUUCAGCAGAUAUAGUCUAUUGUGAGAUAUCUGACAGUGAACUAGCAGAUUCAAGUUCAACUAACAUGAAAGAAGUUGGUUCUUCACCUAUAAAAUUGGUCAAAAAGCAGUUCAGCGGUAGAUAUGCUAUAUCAUCCGAGGAAUUCACAAGUGAUAUGGUCGGUGCCAAAUCACGGAAUAUCUCUCAUCUAAAAGGAAAACUGCCGUCUUGGGUCGGGAUUCCUACUUCAAUUGCCUUACCAUUUGGAGUAUUUGAGAAGGUUCUUUCAGACGGUUCAAAUCAGGAAGUGGCUAAGAAGUUGGAACUUUUGAAAAAAAAGCUAGGAGAAGGAGACUUCAGUGUCCUUGGGAAGCUUCGCCAGACAGUUUUAGAAUUGGCAGCACCACAGCAGUUGGUGCAAGAGCUGAAGGUCACAAUGCAAGCUUCUGGAAUGCCUUGGCCUGGUGAUGAAGGUGAACAAAGAUGGCAGCAGGCAUGGCUGGCUAUAAAGAAGGUCUGGGCAUCAAAGUGGAACGAGAGAGCAUACUUUAGCACAAGAAAAGUGAAGCUAGACCAUGAUUACCUCUGCAUGGCUGUCCUAGUUCAGGAGAUUAUAAAUGCUGAUUACGCAUUUGUUAUCCACACUACCAAUCCUUCCUCAGGGGACUCAUCAGAGAUCUAUGCCGAGGUAGUGAGGGGACUUGGAGAAACUCUAGUGGGAGCCUAUCCUGGUCGUGCUUUGAGUUUUGUCUGCAAGAAACAAGAUCUGAACUCUCCUCAGGUGUUGGGUUAUCCAAGCAAACCCAUUGGCCUCUUUAUUAGACGUUCUAUUAUCUUCCGUUCUGAUUCUAAUGGCGAGGAUCUGGAAGGUUAUGCUGGUGCAGGCCUUUACGAUAGUGUUCCUAUGGAUGAAGAAGAGAAAGUUGUGGUUGAUUACUCAUCUGAUCCGUUGAUUAUUGAUGGUAACUUCCGCAAAUCAAUUCUCUCCAGCAUUGCUCAAGCAGGAAACGCAAUUGAGGAGCUUUAUGGAACUCCACAAGACAUUGAAGGCGUGAUAAGAGACGGAAAACUCUACGUGGUUCAGACAAGACCCCAAAUGUAAUCUUCAACUUCAUUCUCACAAUUAAUAUUCUCUCCAUCAAUUUUUUUGCUUAUGAUAGAUUGUAUAAAUGAGAUAAUUACACACAAUAAAUCCAAAAAAAAGGGAAAAUAUGAAUUAGAAACAAGUGAAUAAAAAAUAACAAAUUAGAAAUUUGACCUACAACAACAUCAAAUUUCAUAUCAAAUGUUAUCCCAUUAACAGUUUAUUUUAAAGUUGCACAUUAGCCAUCA